AUGGCUCGCGACGUCGAGGUGGGCGCUGCCACCUCCGGUAUGGCACGCAUCGUCGAAGGGGGCGCGGAAGAAACCGGCGUGGCUCCAGACGACGAAGGGGGUGGUGUCGAGAUGGACUCCAAUUCGACAGGUAUCCGUCCUACGUCCGCCUGCCGGGAAGGCGCUGUCGUCGACGGAUCGGUCUCCAUCAGUGCCCACCGAAAGCUAGCAGUUCUCCCUAAAUCCUGGCCUGCUGAGGAAAGUGUGCUGACAGUGGUGGCAGGGCAGUCAAAGAAGAAAGGCCAGCUGCUGCUCUCCAUCCCUCGGGCCCUCUGGGUAUCAACUGACCUUAUGGCGGAGGAAGCAGCGCCCUACGCCAACCCUGUGUGGACGCUUGCUGCCGGAGCUGCCUGGCUGCUUCGGGAGCAGGCUCGGGGGCGAGGCUCGGAGUGGUGGCCGUACCUGCAGAUCCUGCCGGCCUACGUGCCUCUGCCGUACCUGUUUGAUGCUGCCACGCUGGACGAGCUACAGUCACCCUCGUUUGUGGAACGCAUCCGCAUGGUGCGAGAGUACUACGAGCAACAGUACAAACUCUGCCGCCCGCCAGCCAUCGCCUUUGCCUCGCUCCACCAAUUCCUCUGGGCCCUCGCCAUCAUGAACUCCCGAGCCUUCUCCACUCCCGCACCUGGCCGCCGAACAUCCGCCGAGCCUCACACUGACAGCCACAGUGUCAACAGUGACACGUCAGGCUUUCCUCAAGAUGAAGAGAGGGAGCAGGAGAGGGGGAGGGGGGGGAUGUUAGAGCAGCUGAUGGCUCUGCCUGCGUCUGAGAGGCGACGGUUUGUGGGGGAGCCAAUGGCUCUGGUGCCCAUUGCAGAGCUGAUUGAUCAUCACCACCCGCACAAUGCACAAUACAAGGUGUGUGCGCCGUUCUAUAAGCUUAUGUUUGAGGCGCCUCCCACACGGUUUGUGGGGGAGCCCAUGGCUCUGGUGCCCAUUGCAGAGCUGAUCCACCACCAGCACCCGCACAACGCGCAGUACAAGGUACAUGCCAGCGGUUUUGACUUCUACGCCAGGGAAGAGGUUCAGCGCGGUGCAGAGCUUUUCACAGUGUAUGGGUACAAGCCCAACCACCAUCUGCUGCUGGGAUACGGCUUUGUUCUCGAUGACAAUCCCUAUGACCACGUCCGGCUCUUCCCGAACCUCUCCCGAGCCAUCCGAACCGUAGCCGCGGUGGUGUACCACCAGGAGGGGCAGGAUGUGGGGAGAGGGAUGGGGGGAGGGAGAGGUGGGGAGGUUCGUCCGGGGGAGGUGGAUCUGAGGGCGGGCUUGCGCCGAGUUUGGGGCACAGGAGACCCUUUGCUGCUUCCAAGAGACGAGGAAAAGGCCGUGGGAGGGAAGGGGGGAAUGGGAGGUAAAGAGGGUGUGGGAGGAAUGUUGGGCGUGGGAGGAAAGGGAGGUGUGGUGCAUGUGAUGUGGCAGGCGGCAGCAACAGCGGUGGGUGAAGUGGUGAAGGCUCGAGAGCCUGGGGGGACGUAUGCUGAAGGGAAUAGCUUGCCACAGCUGCAGCUGCGACAGCGGAUAGAAAAGAGGAGUGCAAGGGAAACGAGGGGGAUUAGAGCGGAGCAUCGUAGUGGCACAAGCACAGAGCAUACAAAAGAGGUCCUUGUAAAGGAGGUGCUUGUAAAGGAGGUGUUUGUAAAGGAGGAGGACGAAGGCGUGGGAGUGUCUGUGUGGGCGGGCGGCAUAGUGGAGCCAAAUCUGCUUGCUGCCCUCGCUGCCAGCUGGCACGCCGUCCACGUGUCACAACUUUUUGAUACAAUCUCAACCUGCCUGCUCUUUCCCGCCCCACCUUCUCAACCUGCUGUUUCCUCCCGUCCUGUCCCCACAGGCCCAGCCACUCCAGACCCAGACUACACAUGCCUGGCCGGUGCUGCCUCCUCUAUGGCUGGGCCCUCUCCACCUCGCUGCCCAGCCACUCCAGACCCAGACUACACAUCCCUGGGCGGUGCUGCCUCCUCUAUGGCUGGGCCCUCUCCACCUCCUCCUUUCACCACCUUCUGCCAAGCGCCUCUUCCUUCAGGCGUCUCAACACUCUAUCUCUCCCUGCUGUUCCCCUCCAUUCCUUUCCCCAUGUGCAGCCUCCCCUGA